ACUCUUGGGUUCCCGUCUCCGCGACAGCAAGCGCCGCGUUGGUCCACUCUGCGCGUUUCCAAGCCCACCCUCGCCUGAUCAUCUUUGCGGGGUUAGCGUGCAGCUGGUGGCAGGCGGUGUGGCACAUAAUACAUAUCUGGAGCUGGCAGUAUGCCCGCAUCACCUCAUUACAAUUCCUCCCCCUCCUCGCUCUCUCCUCAAUCCCGUCUCUCCCAACUAUCUCAACACAUCGCUCCAAUGACCACCACAAGCUUCAGCGCGGAGGUUGUCCCGCAGGCGCCCGAAGACCCGCUCUUCGGGCUCAUGGCAGCGUUUCGCCGCGACGAGGACCCCAAAAAGGUCGACCUAGGCAUUGGAGCCUACCGUGACGACAAUGCAAAGCCCUGGGUCCUGCCCGUCGUCAAGAAGGUGCGUGCGAACAGCUGCAGACGGGGAGAGCUUCCCAACAGCUCAAGGUGGGAUGCUGACAGCUCGCUCCAGGCCGACGACAUCAUCCGCAACGACCCCAACCUCAACCACGAAUACCUGCCUAUUGCAGGUCUCGCCGACUUCACUUCGGCUUCUCAGAAGCUGAUCCUCGGCGGAGACAGCCCCGCGCUGAAGGAGAAGCGGGUCACCAGUUUACAGACCGUCUCCGGCACCGGUGCAGUGCAUUUGGGCGCCCUCUUCCUCGCAAAAUUCUACAAGCCAGCUUCGAAGCCCACCGCCUACUUCUCAGACCCCACCUGGCCGAACCACUUCCAGAUCUUCUCCAACGUCGGCCUCUCGCACAAGACCUACCCCUACUUCUCCAAGGAGACCAAGGGCCUCGACUUUGAUGGCUUCUACAACUCGAUACAGAACGCGGACGAGGGCAGCAUCGUCGUGCUGCACGCCUGCGCACACAACCCCACCGGCGUAGACCUCACCCAGGACCAGUGGAAGAAGAUUGCAGAGGUCAUCCGCGCGAAGAAGCACUUCCCCUUCUUCGACACGGCCUACCAGGGCUUCGCCUCCGGCGACCUCGCGCGCGACGGCUGGGCCAUCCGCUACUUUGUCGAACAGGGCUUCGAACUCUGCAUCGCGCAGUCGUACGCCAAGAACUUCGGCCUAUACGGCGAGCGCGCCGGCUGCUUCCACUUCGUCACGUCGCCCUCGUCCGACGCCCAGUCCACGAUUGGCCGCAUCGCCUCGCAGCUGGCCAUCCUCCAGCGCUCCGAGAUCUCCAACCCGCCCGCCUACGGCGCGCGCAUCGCCUCCCUCGUGCUCAACACACCUGAGCUCUUCGCGCAGUGGGAGGAAGACCUGCGCACCAUGUCCGGCCGCAUCAUCGAGAUGCGCAAGGCACUGCGCAGCAAGCUCGAGGAGCUCGGCACCCCCGGCACUUGGAACCACAUUACCGACCAGAUCGGCAUGUUCAGCUUCACGGGCCUGUCGGAGCAGCAGGUCAUGAAGCUGCGCGAGGAUAGCCAUGUGUACAUGACCAAGAACGGGCGCAUUUCCAUGGCGGGUCUCAACACGAAGAACAUUGACUACUUCGCGAAGGCGGUUGACAAGGCGGUCCGCGACACGCAGUAGAUGCGGCUGCUGCAGGUACCGCUGCUCGCUCGCGGGGCCGGGAAUAGCCGCCUGGGCGCCCGCCGGCGAGCGUGGUGGGGCUGGCAGCAAGCGGACUUACGACUCGGAGCGCGCAGGCUUCGGGAUUGCAAACGCGCAUGCACGACACGAUAUCACGACCAUUAUACCGCGGAUGUAGAACUGUUGCGCUCCGGAUGGGCCGGACGCGUGGGUGGGUUGGGUUCGGGGGAAAAGGCAACGAAUUGUAGAAUUAGGCUAGGGGCACUGGAGCUCCGC